GUGAUGAGCGUUUGGUUGUUCCCAGCUGGCUGUGUUGUGUUUGUGGUUGUCCUGUAGCUUACCAACUGCAGGAAGUCACUACCCAGAGACCCCCAGCUUAAUUAUUCUGUUCUACUUUCCGGUUUGAUGAGGCCUUUAUUUUAUAUAACAUCCAAAACCUGAUUGAGACUUUUACAUAUCUGUGAGACACACACACACACACACACACUCUCACUGAUGUAUAUUUUCACAGCAGACACACACUCUAAUUCAUACUGACACACAGAUGGCCCCUGGUCUGACCACAAAUGUAGUGUAACCUCUGCUCCCUGCGGUGCGACCAGGGCUCAGACUGCCAGUAAAAGCGAGGGAUGCUUCAUGGCUUAACAAUUCGCUUGGUAAAUGGAAAGGGUUUGGUGUGUGACCUCAAACACUCUCUUUUUCUGCCUCUCUGUUGGACUUUUUUUCCUCUCGUUCUGUCCACUCCUGGUCUUGUUGGUUUUCACUUAAUCUGAUUUUUCUCUUGGCCUCCUUUUACGUCUUGUGUUUCUUUUUUUUUCAUUUGUCUUUUUGGUAGUGGAUGUCUCAGUCAGUUUUGUUUAUUUCUUUAAGCCUCUUCUUUUUUGUCCACUCUUUGUCUUGAACCGUUUUAUGGUAACUGAAUGCAACACAUACAAAAGAGGGUCGGAACAAAUUACAGAUACAGGGUCAUUUUAUUUUACUUUCUAGCCUGUUUCUGUCUUUCUUUCUGGCUGGGAAAAAGUCACCGGCAGAGGUAUAAGACAAGUUCUCCCUUUCAGUUCCCCUUUAUUUGUUUAUUUUUCAAAUCUCAUAUUUUCUGUUUUCUUUCUUCUCCAAAUCUCUAAGUCUUCUGUCCUUCUGAAUGCCAUCACUGGAGGUGUGAUCCACCUUCCCCUCCAGUCUGAGAGGUCAGGAGCAAAGUGAGGACACACGAGGAAGGCAAACCUCAGCUCACAAAUAUGAGCAGUAUGAAGGACACUGCAUUUCUGUAAAGUGUGGUUCAGUGGGUUUACUGGGUAACGGAUACGCUCAAACUGAGUCCAGGUUUUGGUUUAGCCAAAAUGUUUUAAUGUUACUAGAGACAUUACUUCAUAGUGAAGUGGCUUCUCUCGUGAGCAGCCUGCAGAGAUUAAAGAUUAGUGAUUAGAAAAUUGAAUAAGUACAACUCUGCUGAUCCAAAUGUGGUUCAUCCACAUGUGGCUUCUGUCACCCACAGUUGCUACUGCUUUCUUAGUGUCUCAGCAAGGAGGACAACACACAUAUAUAAAAACAUUAUAGUGCAGUCCCUCAGCCACAGCGCUUGCUAGGAGAAAGUAUUAGCUUGUGUUCUUGAGGUAUGGCUCUGAAAUUUCAUCUUGUGUUUCUCCAAAGUGAGAAAACCUCAAGAGGUGCGAGAUCCUGCACGGCCAAUAUCAAAUCCAGUCCUCCUAUCACCUCAAAAACAAUAACCAGGUGGAUUUGGGUGUGUAGCAUAAAUGUGCAUGCACACACACAGAGUCAUAAAAAAAGAGAAAGAGGACUUUUCAGAUUGGAGAGGACAGGCAGGGAUCAGGGUUGCAGAGGGAAGUGGUUAGGAGUAACGUUCCUCUAAAGGGUGCCACAAAAGGAACUAAAUUGGGUGUCAGAAAGCACUAAGGAGCUGAAAUAAGCCGGGGUCCCCAGCUCUCAUGCGAGUGGGUGCUCGCUUUAUAUUUUACGGACAAUGUCCCUUUAAAAAGUCCCACGUCUGGAAAGCCCAUUAGAUGUGCAUAUAAAAUUUCCCCUGUGAUUAAUAGUUGAUGAGGCAGGGUUGGUUGGAGGGUACUACCAACAUGUGGCCGGCAGGGCUCCUCCUCUGCAAUCUCACGUUACACUCCAUAAACUUGCCACUCUUUCCCACCUAUACGUUUAAAAAGGAGGAGGGCUCACUUGUCAAGAAUGCCUUAGAAGAGUUGUGAAAACAGCCAGCCCGAGAAGGGGAGUCAUGCAGUUGCGGAUGCAGCUCUCCCGCCGAGCCACAAGCCAGUCAGAUCAGUCAGGCAGAGGGGAAAGUGUGUGAGAGUGUGUCAGGACCGGAGGCUCCAGAGGACGUCACACACACUCCCAGAGAGAGAGGGAAACACGCUGCCACAGGAAGGCGUCUAUCCUCACGCGUUCUGGGCUGUGGAAGAGUCAACAGCCUCUGACAGAAGGUUCCAGUCUUAACUGACUUUCUGAGAGAGCGGGGAGGGGGGUUUAACUCCUCUGCAAGGGACAGACUCGUGAUAAGACGCUAAUCAAGAUCGUGUGAGGCGUUAUUUCAUCACCAUGGAUCAGCCGGCCAGCAGCUGCAUGCGGAGCGCCCACCCCAGCAGCCCGAUCUGGGGCUGCAUGAGAAACCCUCACUCAGGGGUCUCUGGAGCCAACCUGCAGUCGCCCUACCAGCAGGCCCCUUUCUCCCUCCACCAGAAGCCCGAGUUCCUGGCCUACACAGACUUCACCAGCUCCUGCCUGGUGCCGAGUGCGCCCCACACAGCCUACCCCCGCGAUGACAGACUGUACCAAGAGAGCCAGGGGGGUUACCAGAGAGCCGACUGGCAGUUCAACCCCUGCGAGACGCGGGUGAGAGUGCCCGACGCCUGCCCGCCCGUCGUCGCCCCCGUAGCAGUUGGCGCCGCUGGAGGUGGAGGGCCUGAGCUGGACAGUGUAGGGGGAGACAGGCUGCCAGGGGUCGUGCCGGGCUGCCUGGACGGAGAGUACUCGCCACAGAGCGUGGCGUCCGCCGACUCGGACAAGAAGAGCUCCAGUAAGAGGAAGAGAGAUGUCACAGACAUCCAGGAGUCCAGUUUUAAGGUGGACUCCAGCUGCAAGGCCCGCAAAGAGCGCACGGCGUUCACCAAGGAGCAGCUGAGGGAGCUGGAAGCCGAGUUCACCCACCACAACUACCUGACCAGGCUCCGCCGCUACGAGAUCGCCGUCAACCUGGACCUCACAGAGCGACAGGUCAAAGUGUGGUUUCAGAACAGGAGGAUGAAGUGGAAGAGGGUGAAGGGAGGACAGUCGUCUUCGCCCAACGACCUGGAAAACGACGACAUGGACUCCGCCGCCUCGCCCAGCUCCGAGUGAACAAAGGAGGGUCGACUCUGUGAAACAGGAGAUGCAGAAAACCCCGGAGAGGCUGAGCUGAGGCGGACGUCGGUGCAGCACAAUGCAGCCGUCACUCAUUUCUUUGGAAAGCUGCCGGGAAUCAAACUCACUUUGACUCCCUGGAAGAAAUCACUGAGCGUCUCCUUUGCUGUUGUAAAUAGUCGAUUUGUGUCCGUAAUGAACUGCGUUUUGAUCCACUUUUGAUUGAUACUCUGUUCGAGAGGCCUCCCCUUGUUGCAUUGUCUGUGUUUGAACAUGAUCAGUGACGUUGUCGAUCGGUGGCAGCAGCUGUAAGGCCGCUGACGACACAUGAGCCCGUGAUGUGAUUGUGUUCGAGUGCAUCCAGUUCCUCCGGUUCCAGUUUUGUAAUCAUGGCCUGUGACGCUUCACUACAACCACCUGGGAAAACUCAGACUGCACGAGUGUUGCCAAGCCGUAAGUGCCUCCGAAUCAGACGAUUUUGUUUCUUUCAUUUGUCAGUUGUUUUAUUUUAUUAUUAUUAUUUUUUUUUGUCCUAGAAUGCUGUUUUAUUUUCUGUCAAGCCUUUUUUUUUUACUCUUCUUUUUUAUACAUGUUGAAUGUUAUUGAUAAAACACAGAUGUUGUCUGUUUCUGCAAAUAGAAUAAAUCAUCUGCUGCAAAAUGGGGAAAA